GUACGUUCUAUCAGGGUCGCCGCAGAAGUUGUUUGUAGUUCGGAGUUCACACGACCGAAGUCACGUCAGCCAGAUAACCCUGUACUUUCCUGUGCUCAUUCCAACGAAAUAGCUGCAGAUAAGUAAAUCCUGCUUUCGAUUACGUACUAAACGAAAUGGCUGACUCAGGGCAAGCUAAAGCACAGGAAGAACCAGUAAAAUAUUACGCUCUGAAAGAGGUGGAGGAACACAACAACGAAAAGUCGCUAUGGGUCGUUAUCCAUAACAAAGUAUACGAUGUCACAAUGUUUUUGGCAUCGCAUCCUGGUGGUGAGGCAGUCAUGCUAGAACAAGCAGGUAAAAUAGCAUCGGAACCCUUCGACGAUGUCGGACAUUCGUCUGAUGCCAAGGCGCUGAAGGAAGAACACUAUAUAGGAGAACUGGCCACCGCUGACAGAGUAGCAAACGACAAAGAGAAAACACCGAACUACAAUGAAACGCCUGAAGCAAAACAAUCAAACUGGACGACCUUUGUGAUUCCGUUGCUCGUCACUGUUGGUGCAGCGUGCAUAUACAAGACUUACAUGUCGUCCUCCCGUUAAAACGCUCAGCACUUACAUCUCGUUCGUUUUCUCAGAGGUGGAGUGAAACGGUACCGUAGUUAUACAGUACUGGAGCCCGUUGUCAGAAACAAAAUUAGUCUUAACAUUAAUCUUAAGAUUGACGUUUCCUCGUAGACCGGACCCGCGUACGCUCCGUAUGAGAAACCCGUAACUUAACCGUGUUUCUGGCAACAGUCUAUGAGAAAAAGUUAAUGUUAAGACUAAUGUUAAGACUAACUUUGUGUUUCUGGCAACGGGUCCCUGAUGUGUGAUAGUAUUGCUUUGCAGUUGGUGUCAGCUACUGUGAUGAGGGUGUACGUACGUCGAUUAAGUUUGUAAGCAAGUGAAUCCUAACGUCAGCAUGUCGGAUGAUUGCGUGGGACUGCAUGUGACUUUCGUCAACCGUACACGCACGUGCGUACACACACCCACGUACGUAUGCGCGCACACACACACACACACGUACGCACGCGCGUAC